UCCAGGAAUGUCAUCAAAAUAUAAACAUAUAGGAAAUUUUACCAUUAUUUACAUCGUACACAUAAGAGACACUCUUGCCACUAUCCAUAACUAACAUCUAGACAUCCCAACAGUCGUAUUAGCCCCAACAAAGCUGAGUAACGAGCUAAAAACAGAUCUAGUACAUAAUUUAAACAAAUAUUACCUAACAGUGAGUGAUCCGCCUCGGCCCUUUAAAUAAAAGUCCGUGUUCCCAGACAACUAUUUCGACCUGACAUACGCUCCAAGUGUGCGGCGAGAUGGGCCCAGCACUGAUCCAGGGAGCCAGCAGAGGCCUGGGGCUGCAGUUCUCCCGUGCCUUGGCCAGCAGAGGAACGACCGUCAUUGCCUGCUGUCGGGACCCUGGCGGCGCUGAAGGGCUUAGAAGUCUUCAGUCGGAGCACCCAAGCCUUAUUGACGUGGUGCAGCUGGAUGUGACAAGUGAGGGGGCGGUGCAGGCAGCAGCCCAACAUGUACAGCAGACUCACGGCAAGGCACUGGACCUCCUCAUUAACUGCAGUGCCAUCCUUAGCCCCUCAGGACGUGGCGAAACCAGUCUGAGGGAUGUGUCCAUGAAGGCACUUCAAGACACAUUCACAGUCAACACCUUCGGCCCACUGGUGAUGGCAAAGUACUUUGGUCCAUUGCUGCAGGCCGGGCAGGGAAGCAUCGGCAGGCAGGCAGCAGAGGCCAGGCAGCAGCACGCGGCAGUGGUGGUCAACAUGUCAGCCAGGGUGGGGUCCAUUGGGGACAACAAGCUGGGUGGGUGGUACAGUUACCGCAUGUCCAAGUCUGCACUCAACAUGGCCACCAGGAACCUGAGCAUUGAGCUGGGACGCGGCCGCAAGAAGGUCAUUUGUGUGGCGCUUCACCCAGGCACAGUGGACACAGCUCUCUCUCGGCCAUACCACAAGAAUGUACCAGCCGACAAGCUCUUUUCCCCCCAGCAAUCUGUCGGCUACCUCCUGAACAUCAUUGACGGCCUGGGGAUUGACAACUCGGGCAAGUACUAUGGCUGGGAUGGUGAGGAGAUCCCCUUCUAGUCUAUCUUAAGGUCUGGUGGGGUUGUACAGUGUGUUGUGGUUUGUAUAGGUUGUGUUAUGGGAGAGUGGAAGGCCUAAGAGGUUUAUGGAUGUAGUGAAAGAAGAGGAGUAGCUAAAACGAAAUGAUGGGUAGAUGGUGUGUGGUGAUGUUGGAGGCUUAAGACAUGCUGUGGGUCUUGGUAUUUUGGUUUGUAUAGACAGACGGGUAGAUGGUGUGGUGGUGAGUUAAUUUGUAGUGUAGGUUUAAGAAAGUAAUGUUUUUCUAGAACCUACUGUGGGUCUUGUAAAGUGACACCUAUGUUAUCUCAGGGACUUGACUUAAUAUACCCAUGAUAAAUGUUUUCUGAGAUUUUUUUUGCUGAAUUAAUGGAGAUAUUUGUAGUCUUGUUGUUUUUAUUUAUUUAUUUCAACACUACUGGACAACUUAUUGUGGGUCUUGUGAAGUGACACCUGUGUUAUCUCAGGGACUUGAUUUAAUAUACCCAUGAUAAACAUUUACUGAGAUUUUUUUGCUGAAUUAAUGGAGAUUUUUUGGUCUAGUUGUUUUAUUUAUUUAUUUUAACACUACUGGAGAACUUAUUGUAAUCUGAUAUUUAUGUCAUCCCAGGGACUGAUUUAGUACAUUUUUGUUGAUCAUUAAUUGAGGUUUUGACUAAAUUAACUGAGAUUUUCUGCAGUUAAUUGAGGUUUUCACUGAAUUAAUUGAGAUUUUCUGCAAUUAAUUGAGGUUUUCAUUAAAUUAAUUGAGACUCUGCCGAGUAACCAACACUUUCACCUCAGGGACUAACUGAACACACCUUUGCUAAACAUUAAGGUUCUAACUAAAGCAUUCUCUGUAACAAGGAAUCGUCCGUGAAGUAACACAAGUACAACGCUGUAUAAUGAAAACUAGCCAUAAAACAAAGAUGUAAAAGCAA